AGGAGUGUCCGCAGGCAGUGGAGGGUGCGCAGAGCAGUGAAAGCGCUGCUUACGGUAAUACCCUUUGCCUCUUGGCCGGUUCGGUGUACAUGUGGAAGUUCCCGGCGGGGAACUGCCCUGCACCCCAGCCAGCGGCGGGCACAGACGCUGUCGCGUUCAGGUUGGCCUGUACGGCGGCCGCAAACAGUGCGCUGCACAAUCUGUCGAAGAGCGAAACAGUCACCAUCAGUCCAACUGAGAAUCCACUGGGCGCUUCAGACGAUUGUGAGCUCCCAAACUUCAGCCAACCCGCGGCUGAAGUGCGGUCUGGACCCCAACAAUUUUCAGGACAACGGCAACCAGCAGGCCCACAACAACAAAGACCCUCAAAUGCAGCAGCAGCGUCUUCUUCGGCGUGAACUCAUGACGGAGACCGUGCGGGGAAUGGGGGCUCCACUGCUACUGUUGGGGAGCAGACAGACAGCGCGGAGCGAGGCGGAAGUCGGGGACCAUCGGCAGAAGGUUCUCGGGAAACACCAACGCCAUCGGCUGGCACUGCGGCUACGCCAACACAGACGGCAGGCGACAGGGCAGCAGAUGGAACGACGACGACGACCACCCGCAGCCCGAGUGCUGGGAGCGACGCGAAAAGCAACGCGGACGGCAGUGCCACCAACAGCAACACCACUCAGAAAGCCGUGGCAAAUGCUGCGGAUCGCAGUGCCACCUCCACUUCGUUUGUGCGUGCGCCUCUCAUGCUGCUACUCACGGCCGCCCUUGCCUGCGCUGCUGGGUAAGUGGUGA